UGGGUUUCUGCUGUACUGCUGUUGCCGUUUUGCUGACAUGUUCUUGUGUUGACAAAACGACGGAAGAACAAGUUUAUACGUGUUCUUUGUGGUUAAAAUAUUUAUUUGAUCCGAUUUAUCAAAACAUUUGGCCAAAUAAGCUCUUGCAAUGGUUGUGGCUGAAGUUAAACAAGAAACAUGUGAGGAAAACUCUGUGGAAAGCUUGAGGACUGACAUUGCAGCUGAACCAUUAUUCACGUUUGAAAUACUAAAAAUCAUUAAGGAUGCUCAGCAACAGCAUGGUUUACGUCACGGCGACUACCAGCGAUACAGAGGCUACUGCAAACGCCGUAUUCGCCGGCUCCGUAAAGUACUACACUUGGCUCAGGGAGACCGAAGGCACUUCAAAAGAAAAGAUGUCACUCACGCUCAUCUCACUGAUGAAAGGUACUUGUACAUUCCGUUGAUGCAAGCAGAGCGCGCCUGGAGCUAUGCAAUGCAGUUGCGCCAAGAGGCCAACACCGAGCCUCGCAAGCGUUUCCAUCUUUCAUCGCGCCUGCGCAAAGCUACCGUCUACGCUGACUUGCUCAACAAUCUAUGUGAGUCGGAAAAGUGUGAUGCACGAACUAAACUGGAAGCGCAAGCCUAUGUAGCCUGGAUGCAUGGAUCAUUGUUUUUCGAGUUGAAGAACUGGAAACCAGCCAUGGAGAACUUGGAGAAGGCUUUAGUGGUGUAUGAAAAACUUUGUGGAGCUCUUUCCGAGGAAGACCAGUUGGUGUACAAGCAGAAGUGUGAUGAGCUUGAUCCCAGCCUGCGGUUCUGCGCUUACAGCAUCAAGGACGCCGGCGGAAGUGCUUCUUCAAAUCUUGAGGAAUUGCUUUCACUGCGCAGCUCUGUCCAUGGAGACCUACUUGACACGCUGAUGUCGCAGACGCGUGAGAGACGCAGCGAGGUGCUGAGCGAGGCGGAGUGGCGGGGUCGCACGUUCGGCGUGCGCCCGGAGCGAGUUCGCGGCUUCCUGCUGGCCGAGCGCGCCCUGGACAAGUGCGCCCAAGGCCAGCGCCCCGACAUAGACCAGCUCGAGCGCCACCUCAUCGACUGCAAAGAUGCCAUUGCCGCCGUUCGCGACGAGAUGAAGGCCGACAAUGUCAGUGCUAAGACUAAGCAGACUGGCGCUAGCGUAAGUUCGCUGCAAUACUUGCUCUCCUACUUGACCUACAUUCGGCUGAAUCGCACUGUCGAGCGUAAUCUGCUGAUGGUUGAGAGUGCACGUGCAGCUCUUUCCGACAACACUGAGAGCGAAGGAACAAGGCGAACAAGACCUCAGGAUGUGGUCCGUCUCUAUGAAAUAAUUCUGAUCAACCUUGGAGAGAUGCAGCAGUUGGCUGGCUUGGAGGAUGAUUCUGCCUUUCAUGCUGAGGUCGAGGCCAAGGCCACAGUCUACAAAGCUUUCCGGUAAUAUAAUAAUAUUUUA